AUGACUCAACAACAAACCAUCAAAGAACUCAUAAACCACUUAGAACAACAACAACAACAAAUCAAAGAACUGCAAGAUGCUGUUAAGACGCUCACACAAACAGUACAGCAAUUAAUUGAAGUUACAAAACCAACUCAACCAAAACCUGAACAAUCAACAAUUAAAAUUUCUCAAGCUCAAAAUGAAGCGCAAAAAAUUCACCCUCAACCAAAACCUGAACCAACCCAACAACCAAAACAGGAAACUAAACAUUUAGAAACUCCUCAACUCGAAAUUGAACAAACUGGUCAACCCAAAAACCAAACUAAUUCAAUCUCAAUCUACUCGGACAGCAAUAUCUCAUCCUCAUUUGUUAAAUUUAUUCUAAAAAGAUUUGAAUCAGUUAUUGAACACUGGUACAUCCCAGACAGCAAGACCAACACUCUCAAUUUAGUCAUUCAAAAUGCCGAAACUCAACAACAAAUACUAAAGAAACUUCAUUCACCAGCCGUGUCAUGA